CUCAAGAUUCUGUCGGUGUUUAUAUAUUUUGUUAUAAAAACCAGAUGUCUAAGUACAAGGACAGCCGAGACACUUGGAUUGGCAAGUAUAAUAGAAAAUUCCCUCACUAAGAUGGUGGUUUUUUAAUUUAUUUUCAGCUGGUUUUUCUGCUUAAGCAUUUUCACUGCUAGCUGUGUCCAUUACUAGAGGAAGUGUUUCGACUUCCAACUGUGCCAUUACAAAAAUCCCUUCCCAUUAAUGUUAGAAAAAAGCUCACAAUCUUCGAGGAAGACACCAUGUGGAAGCAGUAACUGCAUCUACUCCAGGUCCCCCCACCACACCAAAUCCUAAACUUCUCAACAAAAUUGCAAAAAAUUCACUGCACUAUCGUUCACUAGUUGGUGUUUCAUCGGGAAGGAAAAACUUUCAUAGCAAACUUUUCCAAUUGCCUGUGCAAUAGCAUUUUUAAGUCCUAUAUUGCUUCUUCUAAAGGGGUCAAGCAAGAAUCUCUUUAACCUCUCUUUCUGCUUAUCUCCAAAGAUCAGUUUAUUAUUUGACUCUGUUUUCUUUGUUUCUGCGUAGUGGGUGGUUUUGAACCUGUUCCCAAGCUCAGCAUUUACAGAUUCCUUUUUAUGGUUUUGAGAUGCUUGAAAGCUCCAUAAAGUGUGUGGAGUGAUAAGAGAGUCCUUCCAUGGGGCACUGUAGUUUGUUCCUUCUGUCAUGUCUUCUGUGGAGUUUUCUCAUUACUGGUACUCAUCAAUUACAAUCCUCACAAACUCAAGUCCUUCUUCAGAUAAGGAAGCAUUUAGAGUAUCCAAGUCAACUAGAAAUUUGGAAUAAUCAUGGAAUGGAUUUAUGCUAUUUAUCUCCAUCCACACAAGUUAAUAUGACAUGCCAGAACAAUGUUGUCACUGAGCUUAGAAUUGUGGGAGACAAGCCAGCCAAGGUCAAAAACUUCGUGGGAUUUGCAAUUCCAAAUCAAACUUUAUCAGGGAGCUUCUCUAUGGAUUCUUUUGUGACCACUCUUUCAAGGCUAACUAGCUUGAGAGUUCUUAGUCUUGUGUCUUUAGGCAUUUGGGGUCCCCUUCCAGACAAAAUUCAUAGGUUGUCUUCACUUGAAUAUUUGGAUUUGAGUUCAAAUAAUCUCUUUGGUUCCAUCCCCCCUAAGAUUUCUACAAUGGUGAAACUUCAAACUCUUAACCUGGAUGACAAUUUCUUCAAUGGUACAGUCCCGAAUUGGUUCGAUUCAUUGUCUAAUCUGACAAUUCUAAGCAUAAGCAACAACCAGUUGAAAGGUACAUUUCCAUCUUCAAUCCAGAGAGUAACCACACUUGUUGAUCUUACUCUUUCUGGCAAUGAUUUAUCGGGGAAGUUGCCGAAUCUUGACAAGUUAAGUAAACUGAACGUGCUAGAUUUGAGCGGAAACAGUUUAGAUUCUGAUCUACCUUCAAUGCCUAAAGGGUUGGUCAUGGCUUUCCUUAGCAAGAACUCCUUUUCUGGUGAGGUUCCAGGGAAAUAUAGCCAGCUGAGUCAGCUUCAGCAGUUCGACAUGUCAUUCAAUAAACUAAGUGGAAAACUCCCUGCUUCCCUUCUCUCAUUGCCCAACAUCAGCUACUUGAAUUUGGCAUCAAAUAUGUUAAGUGGUUCACUUCCAGAUCAUCUAAACUGUGGCAGCAAGCUCCAGCUUGUUGAUAUAUCUAAUAACAGAUUAACUGGUGGAUUGCCUUAUUGUUUGAGUACUGAAUCAGGAAAUAGAGUGGUAAAGUUAGGUGGAAAUUGCUUAUCUGUUGAUUCACGUCAUCAGCAUGCAGAAUCAUCUUGUAUAGAUGUUCCGGUAAAAAGGAAACCAUCUGGAGAGAAAAAAAUAGUAGUAUUAGUUGGUGUGAUUGCUGGUAUAUUUGUCAUUAUAGUUCUCCUGGCUUUCGGUCUUCUCAUGGUGUGCAAAAGAUAUUGCCCUCUAGGGAUAUCGGAGCAGCAUUUGUUGCACAAAGCAGCACAAGAGAAAUCAGUGACAGGAUUCUCCUCUGAGAUCCUCUCUAAUGCAAGCUUUAUUUCUGAGGCUGCAAAUUUGGGUAUACAAGGUCGCCCAGCUUGCCGAUCAUUCACAAUAGAAGAGUUAAAGGAAGCAACAAACAACUUUAAUAACUCUGCCAUUUUGGCCGAUGGUUCACAUGGAAAGCUUUACAGAGGAACAUUAGAGAAUGGAACCCAGGUUGCUAUAAGGUGCAUACCUUCAUCAAAGAAAUAUUCGAUGCGAAAUCUUAAACUCAGGCUGGACUUGCUUGCAAAGCUUCGCCACCCGCAUCUGGUUUGCCUUUUGGGACACUGCAUUGAUGGUGGGGAACAAGAUUACACAGUGAACAAAGUCUUCCUCGUAUACGAAUAUGUUUCUAACGGCAACUUCGGAGCUUAUCUCUCUGAGGACAUUCCUGGAAAGGUCCUAAAUUGGUCAGAGAGACUGGCAGUGCUAAUUAGUGUCGCAAAGGCUAUUCAUUUUUUGCAUACUGGAGUUAUUCCUGGUUUUUUUAACAAUCGAUUGAAGGCAAACAAUAUCCUGCUUGAUGAGUAUGGGAUAGCAAAGUUGAGUGACUAUGGACUUUCCAUCGUCUCCGAAGCAGCUGGAAAUUGUGGGGAAAAUGGAGAAGGCCCUAAAUCAUGGCAAUUGGAAAGAUUAGAGGAUGAUGUUUGUAGCUUUGGUUUCAUAUUACUUGAAUCACUCGUUGGCCCUUCAGUAUCUGCCAGAAGAGACAAGUUUCUACUAGAUGAAUUGGCAUCUUGUAGCAGCCAAGAGGGGCGCCAAAAAUUGUUAAGCCCAAUUGUUCUGGCCACAUGCUCACAAGAAUCUUUAUCAAUUGUGGUUACCAUAACGAACAAAUGCAUAUGUUCUGAAUCAUGGAGUCGUCCAUCAUUUGAGGACAUUCUUUGGAACUUGCAGUAUGCAGUUCAGGUCCAGGGAACAGCAGAUGGUGAACACCAUCGAUGAGUUGUCUAUCAGUUGCUCCAAGAGAUUACGUCCCCAUCUUUCGUAUCAUCACAGCAUCAGUUGCACAACACAAAUUUGAACCUGUUUACCUCAAUUUGAGAAUCCAAAUAGCAAUAUGUAUCAUCACUUUUUCCCACUUUCAAGAAUUGUAGCAUACUAGUAUGUAUCCAUUGUAAAGACUAACCAAAGAUCCAUUAGCAAGGAAGAAAUUUACACAACUCAUUUUUGCUAAUUUACUAUUGUUGGUAAAAGCUGCAACAAAUGUCAAUGUUUCGAGA